AUGAGCCUUCAGUUAAACUCCACUUUGGAGAAGCACGCUGUCCUCCCGCCGGGAUUUGGCAACAGGAAUGUGAGCCAGGAGGAGCGAGGAGCCGGGGGCAGCGACCUGGACGUGAAUACUGACAUCUACUCCAAGGUGGUCAUCACUCUGCUCUACCUCGGCCUCUUCUUCCUGGGCUCGUUGGGAAACUCGAUCACGAUGCACACCCUGGUCCGGAAGAAGACUUUGCAGAACUUACAGAGCACCGUGCACUACCACCUGGCCAGCCUCGCUUUCUCGGACCUCCUCACCCUGUUACUGUGCAUGCCCAUCGAGCUCUACAACUUCAUCUGGGUGCACCACCCCUGGGCUUUCGGGGACGCCGUGUGCCGGGGUUACUAUUUCCUCCGGGACGCCUGUACCUACGCCACGGCGUUCAACAUCGCCAGCCUGAGUAUCGAGCGCUACCUGGCUAUCUGUCACCCGUUCAAAGCCAAGACCCUGAUGUCCACCAGCCGCACCAAGAAGCUCAUCUCCGUGAUCUGGCUGCUCUCAUUCCUGCUGGCCAUUCCGAUGAUAUUCACCAUGGGUGAAAAAUACGCCACCACCGUCCCAGACCCAAAUGAUUUGAUCUGUACCACUAUUGUGGAGGAAUCGACUGUCAAAACAGUGAUCCAGGUGAAUGCAUUUCUCUCCUUUGUUAUACCCAUGGUAAUCAUUUCAGUCCUGAAUACAAUCAUCGCCAAUCAGCUAAUAGCGAUGUUCAAACAAGCAGCUCAAGAUGGCCAGAUGUGCACAAUUGAGGGAAGGCAAACCGUGCUAAGCAUUUCAGUGGAGCCAAGCCGUGUCCAGUCUCUCCGACAUGGAGUUAAAGUUCUCCGGGCUGUGGUCAUUGCCUUUGUUGUCUGCUGGCUUCCAUAUCACAUACGCCGACUUAUGUUCUGUUAUGUCCCUAAACACCUCUGGACAGACUUUCUCUACGAUUUCUAUCAUUACUUCUACAUGGUGACAAAUGUCCUCUUCUACGUCAGCUCCACUGUCAACCCUAUCCUGUACAACCUGGUCUCUGCAAACUUCAGGCAGGAUUUCCUCUCAACGCUUAGCUCCUUCUGUCUUCACAGGCAACAAAAGGCAAAGACACCAGCACUUAGCAGAAAAUCAAACAGCAUUUCCAGCAAUCAUACUUUGGCCAGUAAUGCCACCAGGGAAACUAUGUAUUAG